AUGCUCGUCGACCUCCCCACAGAGAUACUCUACCUGGUGGCGGAGUGGCUGUCGGAGCGAGACGUCGGCACCCUCGCCCGGACGAAUAUACACCUCCAUCGCCUCCUUGACGAGUACCUCUACCGACGCAACGUCCUGCUCUUCGGCGCAUCGUCCUUCCACUGGGCCGUCGCGCAGGGCCGUGUAGAUACCGCGCGCAAGGCCAUCAACGCCGGAGCAGACGUCAAUCGUGGCAAGGAUGACAGCCCGGAUCUGCAACCGCUCAUUCUAGCCGCCAAGCUUGGCCACGCCUGUCUCCUAGAGCUCCUGCUCGCCACCCCCGGCAUAAACGUCAACACGACCGACUCAACAGGCCGCAGCGCGCUAUCCUGGGCCGCCGUCGCAGGCUACGAGCGGCCCAUCGCCCUGCUCCUCGCCGUCGACGCCGUGGAGGCCGACACAGGCGACACAGGCGGCCGCACGCCCCUCUGGUGGGCCGCCGCCGUGGCCGAACCCGCCGCCGUGCGGCAGCUGCUCUGCAGCGAAAAGGUGUCCGUGGACCGGCCCGACGCGAGCGGGCAGACGGCGCUCAUCGCGGCGGCGGCGGGGCUGGGCAUGGCGGGCGCGGUGGACGAGUGCGUCGAGAUGCUGCUGUUUGCGGGGGCGCGGCCCGACGCGCGGAGCGGAGCGGACAGGACGCCCCUGUCGUGGGCCGCGGGGAUGGGCAAGAUGGGCGUCUUUAAGUUGGUGCUCGGGGCGAUGGGGACGGGCCGCUUCAAGGCUGUGGAUGGCAUCGGUGGGUGGACGGUGCGGGACUGGGUCACGGCGGGGGAGAAGGACGCCAUGGUCAAGUUGCUGCGGGAUGGCUCGCGGAGAUUGUCGUGUGAGGAUGAGGCGGAUCGAGAGACAUGA